GGUGUGUGUCCGUGUGGGUGAGUUUGUGUGCUCACAUAGCCCGUAGCAACUGGGGAUCCAAUGCCUUCUUUUGAACAAAUACGGUACAAGUGCAAUUAAACUGUAUGACUGUGAUGUCAUGCCGAUCAUGAAUUUUCUGUGUAUUCAAUGAAGUCGCAAAAGUUCUACUUUAUACAAGACAUCACAUAUAGUUUUCACAUGUGAACUGGUACUUCAUCUGCCCAAUGAAUAAUCAUUAAGAUCUUUCAAACAUCUUGAAUGGAGACAAUGGAGAAUAAUAGAAAUUCUACACAGAGUACAAAGUUGCUUAACCCAGGAACUUGCACCCAACUGAAAGAGGCACCUGAAGGGCCAUUUCCACAGGUAGGAGAGGAUUUUCACUUAAAUUUAUAUGACUCGUUGGAGUCUGAUUCUGACAGCUUAAUUCAAGAGAGGCAAUAUCAACUGGAACUGCAGAAUCGCAUUCAGGACAAUGAAAACAUGGUAACUUUAGAAGACGCUGAAUUUGAUACAGAUAAUGGGGAGGAGGAUGGAUGGAAUCUCUAUGAUAGUCUGGAGGAUGCGGAAGAUGAGCAUUACGAAGAAAAGAUUGAACCGGAGCACAAAGACAAUAGCAAUAUAAGACAUCAAACCACCGACAGAUACGCCAACUUGCGAUAUAAUCCUAAUUGGAGAAAUACCAGUAUAGGAGCAAAGAUUCUUAUGUCCAGACAGAACUGCAACUCAACUCUUCAUGAUUCACUGGAGAACUUGCUUCAAGAGUCAAAUAAGCUAUUGGAAAAAAAUGAAGGAAAAUACAGUGAGCACCAAGACAAACUGGAACAAAAAAGGCAAACAAAUAAAGCCUGUUCAAUUGGAUUUAGUUUGAGCGAUGAUGAUGAUAAUGUAGAGAAACAACCUAAAAGGAAAAGACCAUCUUCACCUUAUAUUAAAUGUGAAGCUAGCAUACAAGAAGAAAUUGAAUCACUUGAUUCUUCUGAAUAUUAUGAUUUGCAAAAUCAAAGCAAAACUAGAACAGACAAAAUCAUAGCAAAAGUUUCCCAGGAAAGCCAUGAGGAUCAUCAAUGUAAUGAUGAAGAUAAUUGUGAAAUGUUUUGUGAUUCUGAAUGUGAACACCUGGAUUCACUGGAACAGAAAAGACAAACAGAUAAAUCUCAAGGAGUUAAAUUUAGUUUGAGAGAAGGUAAUAGUGUACAAAAGCAAUCUGAAAGGAAACAUUUGCCUUCUUAUCCCAACAGUGAACGCAGCACCCAAGAUUGUGAACCACUCAAUUCUCCUAGAUUUUAUACUGAUACGAUUAAGAGUGAUUUGCAAAACUGUAAGAAAACUGAAAAAGGGAAGUUCUCAAAUAAAGAUAACAAAGACAAAUACGAGAAAAAUGAAGAUCACAAUGAAGAAGUUGACUAUGAAAGUUUGAAUGACCAUUAUCAGAAAGAAUACCAGCAAUUCUUGGAGUGUGAGUCAACCUGUAGUGAUGUAAGCAUAAAGAGGGUAAAACAGCCCAAGAACCCUGUGAUCUCUCAUGACAGGAAAUUGCAAACAAAAGUAAGAUUGCAGGAUGAUAUUGUGGAACGGAAUAAACAGACCCUGGGAAGACACAAAAUGAACUCAUAUCAAUUGUUGUACAGUGAAAAGAAGGAAGUUAAAGGUACGCAGCAGUUAUCUUCUGCUAAAAGUUCCAAACUCAUGAAUACUGAUCAGUCUAUCCAACAUGUUGUGGAUGGUGAGGAGUGCAGCACUAUCGAAAUGAAGUGGAAACAGAAGGCACAGAAGUUGCAGAACCAGAAAGCAAAACAACUAUCUGCUCGGAAAAAAGGAUUGACCAGUGUAGUGAAAGAGAGAUCCUCAAGACCUCCCAAUGAGCCUUCCAGUAAACUGCAGAUGCAGAAAUCCCAGGUUUUUGAGGACCAACGACAUCAGUUUGAAAGCGUAGUCCAUCCGAAUAAAAAUACAUCUGACUUGCUAAUAAUGCACAGAGAUGACAACAAUGUCUUGUUAACUCCUGGCAGUGACCAAACAUUUACUUCAUCGUCUGUCAAUCAAAUUGGCCCGGCCUUUGUUCCGAAUUCUCUUCCAACAGUGAAUCUGAAUAUCAACUUAAACACAUUGUCAUCUGGUGGCAAUACGCAGACCACUGUUAAGCUGGUCCCAUCUCAUCAUCCAAUGAGUCAAACUGCUUCUGUCUGCAGAGAUGACAAUAUUUAUAAUACAUCUCAAAAUCCUGUUCCAUAUCUUCAGGAGUGUCAGAAGAAUCCUGAAUCGUGGAUCUCUCACUUUCCAAACCAGCUCAACACGAAUGCAUCCCAUUUUUCAAAAACUUUGUAUGUACCAGAAAAUACCCAGCAUCAACUUCUGUGUAACAUACAGCCCCCUUUCUACACGCAAUAUGGAAAAACCGAGCAUAGCCAGAUGUUGAAUCCUAACUACCAUCAAGCUGCUUAUGCUAGAACAUUAGCACCAGAUCUUUGCAAUUACUCUCAUCUGCAAAGGACAGACAUUGCUGCUGGAAAUUCACAAUUCCAUCCCAUGAAUCAAGAAAAAAUUACAAGACAGGAUCACAAUCAGCUUGGAAAGAAAUAUGGGAAUUCAAGGUUCCCUCUUCUUUCCUUUCUGCCAUCUUAUCAGCAGCAUUUGGUUCAGUCUCCUAGCACACGCCUCAUUCAGCAAAUGGAACAUAUUUAUGAGGGCACACCACGUCCGCUUCACACACACCCUGGUUGUCACCUGGUGCUGCCACCUAUUGGCCUCAUGAGAGACAGUGACUCUGAACCAGACCAAACUCAGCCAAAUGAGAAGAAAGAAGUGACAAUAUCACGCUGUAAUUCGGAUGGCUACUUGGCACAAAUGGAGAAGGUUAAUAAGCUCAAAGGAAAUAAUAAGUACAAGCCUUACACAUUGAAAGAUUAUAAGAGUCUAAAACAGGAUGUAAAACUUGGAGGUUUGGGACCAGACUAUAAGUCUGCUCCAGAAAAGGCAAAGAAAAUGAAACGACAAAAAGAAUAUGCAACAUACAUUAAAAGCCACAACAUGAAAGCAGGCUCCAAAUCAUCCUCAUCUCAGCUUAAACCAUGUCCAGGCAUUGAAAACAAAACAACAAUUUCACGGAGGAAAUUGGUGUGUAAAAAUGAAAAGCGAGCAAUGUUGUAUUUCCCUCUUAACAAUGCGUUGGAAUAUGCUAGAAACAUCCAGAAACCAAAGCCACUUGCAGCUAAACCUGGGGAUGCCAAUGAGAAAUCGGAAAGGAGUGAGUUCCCUGAACAUGGUCAAUAUGUACAACUGGACCCCUCCCACAAUAAUCUUCUUGCGAUGCUACAGCAGCGACAUGAAAAGGAGAAGCAAAUUGUGGCAGGAUUCACAGCAAUGCAUGUGAGCUGAUGAUAAGCAAAUUUGUAUUUCAAGUGGAAUGUCAAACAUUGCAUGAAUCAAACAAGAGAAACUAUAGCAUAAUAGUAUGCUAUACAUUGUAUAAUUUAUAAAACAAUUACAUAUUGUCAUGACAUACACGAUUUCACUAUUGGAAUUUAGUAAAUGAUGUGCUCACAGCAGUUGUGAUUGAGAAAAUAGUGCAAAAUUAUUUGUAAAAUAUUUUGCAGUUUGUUGUUUCAGGAUUUCAAACUAUUUACGGAAGGGAUAAUAAUUUAUCUUUAUUAUUGGAUUUUAAUUGAAUGGACUAAGAGAGUCAUUCAAAUUUGACUUAAUUUUUUUUAUUCUUAUUUUUGAAGCUUUCUUUCUCACCAGAAUUAAACUGAUGCUUGUAUCCUGCCGUCUUGUAACUCCAUAUAAGUAAACUGUCUAUUUGAGAGACAGACUCUGUAUAUAAGUGUGGUAUCGAAGGAAACUACUUAUGGCCCAAAAGUUGAUUCAAUAUUGAAGAAAUAUUGGGAAUUCUCAAUAUUGAGGGCUUAGUCCAACUGAUUGUGAAUUUAAAUGUAUAAAUAUUCUAAAAUUCACAUACCUUUACCAAUGAUUUUGUACUUCAGUAAUGGCUUAGCAUGUACCUUUGAGACUAAGAGUUCUCUUACAACCCCAUUUAAAAAAUAAUUUUAAAGGCAAUAUUAAGAACUCAAAGACAGAGGUUAUCAUGGUUUUACAUUAUCAUCAGCCUCAAAGUUUGAUUUCAUUCGACAACUGCAUGAGAAUUAUUGAAGCCAUUGCACAGUAUUUCUUACCUGACAUCGUGUUUUAAGAGUCUCUGAAAAGAACAUGUCAUGUAAUUUUGCCAUCUACAAUUAAAAUAUUUUAAUAUUAAUAUAUUUAAUAUAAAUAUCUAUUAAUAUUUAUUAAUUAGAAAUUAGACAUUUCUAGGGUUUCGGUACAGGAUUAAAGAAGUGGAACUAAUUGCAUGCCUCUUUUAAAGAGCCAGACCAUGAAUGGUGGACCAAAUGGCCUUUACCCGUGCUGUCUGAUUUUACAAAUCUAUAAUGUACUAUAAAAAACCACUAAAUAUGGCUAGAAGCUUCUAUAUAAAGUAAAUUACCCCAGAAGAUUAUUUUAAAUACUUUGUCAUUUUCAUUUACGUGAGUCCAUAAUCUUCUUUGUGAUUGAUCUUAAUAUUGAUAAAGACAAAGCAUACCAAGUAGAUGUCACAAACAAAUAGUGAUGGAGGCAAAGCAAUUUGUUGGAUAGCAACUGAACUCAGGUAACAUUAAAUGAGAUAUCAGAAUGCUCAUUAUAUCUGACAUCCAUUCUGCCUGUUCUUGAAAUGCACAUAUGUACAACAGCAAGUUUGGUAUUACCAUUUGAUUUUAUUUUUAAAGUGGAAGGUCAACUUGAAAUUUAUCUUGAAAUUUACAGGUAUCUAUUUUCCUUUAUUUACCAAUUUUAAUGUAAACAUAUACCUGAAUAUAUAAGUUUUGCUUGUGCUUUACUUAUAUUUUUGAUUCAAAAUAGUGAGCAAUAAUGUUGAACCCUAGUGUUUGAACUAGUUCAGUGCAAACAAGGGUAACCAACUGACUUUAAUAUUUCCAAAUUACUGUUGUAGGACUUCCUGACACUCAUUAUUUUAUUGCACAUAUUUUUAAAAUAUUUCAUUUAUUACCAAAUGCUGCUAAAAUGUACCAUCUAAUUGAAUUAUAUAUCAUACUGUUUCUUGUAAUACACAGCUUCCUACUGAUUAGCUCAAAUAUAUCAGUUCCUUGAGUUGAAAAUUAUUCCCUUUGCCCUUCUAAGCAGUCAGAAAUUGAGGAACAUAAUUGAGUCUGAUGUAAGCAGACAGCAUCUACAGGGCAGCUGAGGCUAUACUACCAGAACAAAAUUGUUUUUACUUUGUUAAUCACAUAAUAUCACUAUGUAAUAUAUAUAAUAAAAUAUGCACUUACAGGAAUAUUACUUUCCUAUUAUGUAUUAAAUGUAGCAUCAGCUGUUUUUGUCCGCCAUGUGAUAUGUAUAACCUGUUUAAAAAAAAUACUAAAUGCCAUUUGGAUGUGUCUUUAAGUUUCAAUUGUUAAACCCUGUCUAAUUUCGAAAUGUUCAAUUUCCAACAGAAUAUACACUUGAUCUGCAAGAUGCCAGUCUGUUGAAGUAUUUUGUCCUCUUUGGCUAUCCAUGCAUAUAUUUAUAAAUUGAAUGCAGAAGGUGAUUCGUAGUCUGUUUUCGUGCCACUCUGAAACUGAGCAUUAAACCAAACAAGAAUGCAACUUUGAUUUUGUUUUCCCUUUUCUACUUUCAACUUUUAGUCAAGCCUCAAAUUUCUUGUCCAUAGCAGCCCAGCCCAGAACUCAACACACAUAGUCAUAAACAUAAAUUCACCCAAUGUGAAGGAGCACAAGGAUCCCAGUAUAAUUCCUCAAAAGUGUAUUAUUUUACCCAAAGCAUUUCAGUUCAAUGAUUUCAUUUCACAUGAAUUUUUGUGGUAGUUCAGAUUUAAUUUUUUUUAAAUGUGCCUUCAUAAUGGGAAAAAGACAACAUUGUUGAUUCAAACCAAUGGAAGAUGACACAUUUCAGGAGAGGACAGCAUGACCACUAUGGUGUGGUCCCCUGAUAUUCAUUUGUAUUCCACAUUAUACAAUGAAUGAAAGUAACAGAUUCUGAUGCAAAAUACAUGUGGGAAAAUACUUCUAACUUGUAAUGACAAAUGUUAUUGAAAGUCCAAGGAAAAUCAUCUUGCAUUUUUAGAUGUGUAGUUCACUUAACAUUUACAUGUGAAAUUUCAGUGUUCCCAACUUUCUUUCCAGGACUUGUUGAAAAUGAUCCACAAAAUCUUUUAAAUGAACUGACUAAAUUCAAUUUUAAUUUUAUUCAUUUCCAAGGAUGUAUUUAUUUCCUGCUCACUGCUUAAUAGUUCUGAAGUGUACCAGGAAGGACUAAUAUUUAGAAAAAAAAUAUUUUUAUGGAGCAUUUGUAAUUGCACAUUUUCAUUUUUUUAUUUUAUUUUGUGCAUGCUACUUGUGAAUAAUGAUGCAGUAAUCAAAAUGUGUGU